AUGAAGAAAAGGUCAGUGGACACAGUGGCGCUGAAGACUGACAUGUACACAUGCACAUCUGGAAACUACAGAGAGGACACAGAGUCUGUGUGUGUGUGGGAUACAUAUGAAAAUAACCUGCAGAGAAUAUUCCCUGAGAAAAAGAAACGUUGGCAGUUCAUGAGCGAACAUCAGUGGCCUGGGAAGAACAAUAUUGUUAUCACAGAUGAAGGGAUCCAAAUGAAGCCCCUGAAACUCCUGGUGGAGACGGCCUGGGGUUUGUGGCUUUUCAGGCUAAUCAAGUCUGUAUUACCUCCAACACUAGGUUAUGGUGCAUCCAUAGAAAGCUCUGGUUCAAGCAGCCUGUUAGCAAGUGGUCAAGUAGGAGAGAACAAUCAUUCUGAAGCUGCCAGAGCCAAUGACAAUGUGGGGAACGUUAAUUUGCUUGAAGGUAUUAUCGAUGUUGAUUUGCUUGAAGAUUAA